AUGCUUUCCUAUGUGUACUGGAAAGAUGAGAUCUCGUCCAUGCAUCUCACCUACAUCAAUAUCGCGACUCUUGGGGGCACCCUUCUCGGACAGGUGCUGUUCGGAUACCUCGCGGACCGCAAUGGACGGAAGAAGAUGUAUGGCGUGGAACUGGUUCUCCUCAUCACCUCCACCCUUGGCGUGCUCAUGUCGUCGACUGGCGCCCAUAACAGCAUGAACAUCUUCGCCUGGCUGAUCUGGUGGAGAAUCAUUGUCGGCAUCGGAGUUGGAGCAGAUUACCCACUGUCGGCGGUCAUCACCUCAGAAUUCGCCCCGACAAAACACCGAGCACGGAUGAUGGCCUCCGUCUUCUUCAUGCAACCCCUCGGUCAAAUCGCCGGCAAUUUGGUCUCUCUCAUCGUGGUCGCCGCCAGCCGAAGCCAAGGCUACGGCGACCUUACCCGCACGGCCGACAGCAUGUGGCGAUGGGUUAUCGGCGUCGGCGUCGUCCCCGGCGUGAUCGCAACGCUCUUCCGGUUCGUCAUCCCCGAGACGCCACGCUUCCUUCUCGAGAUCGACGACGACCCCAUCACGGCCGAAUUCGACGCCACCGCGAUGUUCAAUGACCCCACGCCCUCCAUCGUCACCUCCCCGUUGCACGACAAUGACAGCUGGAGCCACCUCCCUCUCCCCGCCAUCUCCCUCGCCAGCCAGUCCAUCUGCGAAGAACGCUCCCCCUCGCAGACGGCCAUCAUCCAACCGCCCACCCUCAACUCCCACUGGCACCUCACCAAGCGCGACAUCGUCCAGUACUUCUGGACCGAAGGCAACUGGCGCACGCUGGUUGCGACCUCACUCUCCUGGCUGCUCCUCGACUUUGGCUUCUACGGCAUCGGCCUGUCGAAUCCGCAGUUCCUCGCCAAAACCUGGGGCUCGCUCAAGCUCCACGGGCCGGCCCCGACCUGGAAAACCGACGACUCGCCCUCCGCCGACUUCUAUCAGAUGUUCCUGGACUGCUCAACCCACGCCCUGGUCAUCCUCAACAGCGGCAGCUUCCUCGGCGGCCUCCUCCUCAUCCUCGUGAUCCACCGCCUCGACCGCGUCGGCCUGCAGAAAUACGGCUUUCUCGCGCUGGCCGCCCACUUCAUCGCCCUCGGCACCAUGUUCAUCACCGUGCAUAAAGAAGGCCCUGUUGCCGUGGUCCUCUACAUCCUUGGCCAGGCCCUCUUCAACUUUGGCCCCAACGCAACAACCUACAUGAUCCCAGCGGAGAUCUUCCCCACCCGCUACCGCGCCACCUGCCACGGCAUCAGCGCCGCGGCCGGCAAACUCGGCUCGAUCCUGGUGCAGGUGCUCUCGGCGUACUACAAAUUUGGCUCGGGCGUGGGCGACGAGCCGACCAUCCGCCACGGCUGGAUCCUGAUCGUCUUCAGCGUGUGCAUGGUGCUGGGGGCGGUCGUGACGCAUUUCUGGAUCCCGCCGGUGCAGCGCGGUGACGAUGGUCGCGGCCGGCUAUGGGGCGGGCGCAGCGAGACGUUGGAAACGUUGGCGCUGGGUCGGAUGGGGUGGAAGAGUCGGUAUGCGGUGCGGCUGCGGGGGAGGAGUGGGAGUAAUCGACAUUUGUUCAUCCAGGUAGGCCGUGUUCGCGACAUAGUAAGAAGAGGCUGA